GUCAAAGUUGACCUCUACAUGGCAGCGUUACGAGACAUGGUUGUGUAAGCUUGUAAAUUAUAACAGUAUCAAAAGACCUGCGUUUCGCUUGCAGACCUGGAGGCUUAAAGAUGUUACUCUCUUCGUUACGGACAACAGUUUUUUGCGGGUGCAGAAGUGCAGGAAAGGGAUUUCAACACAGUAAUCGGAGUCCACAGUUGCGACAAUGGCUUGUGAAGAGAAGUCAGAGCACCAUUACAGCAGAAGCGGGGGCCUCCUCCAGCCCAGCAGCAGCCACUGUCCCCAAUGCAGCCACAAAUCGGAUAGUAGGUAAAUGGUUGCUUGGCUGCAGUGGGCUUGUUGUCGGAGCUGUCGUUUUGGGUGGUGUCACAAGACUCACAGAAUCUGGACUUUCCAUGGUUGACUGGCAUCUGGUAAGAGAGAUGAAACCACCACAAACACAAGCAGAGUGGGAAGCAGAAUUUUCUAAGUACCAGCAGUUUCCUGAAUUCAAAAUAUUAAACCAUGAUAUGACUCUGCCAGAGUUUAAAUUUAUCUUCUACAUGGAGUGGGGUCAUCGAAUGUGGGGCAGACUCGUAGGACUUGCCUACAUCCUCCCCACCAUGUACUUCUGGAGGAAAGGAUACUUCACUCGCUCCAUGAAGGGAAAAGUGCUGGGUCUUUGUGGAUUUGUCUUCUUUCAGGGUCUCCUGGGUUGGUACAUGGUAAAAAGUGGACUGGAGGAAAAACCCGAAUCGUAUGACAUCCCACGAGUCAGCCAGUAUCGUCUUUCUGCUCAUCUUGGCUCUGCCUUGUUACUCUACUGUGCCAGCCUCUGGACAGGUCUAACUCUGCUGCUGCCCCAACACAAGAUGGUAGAAACCAAACAUCUAAUGCAACUCAGGAGGUUUGCCAAGGGCACUGGUGGGCUUGUCUUCCUUACUGCUCUUUCAGGUGCUUUUGUUGCUGGUUUGGAUGCUGGCCUGGUGUAUAACUCCUUCCCUAAGAUGGGAGAACGAUGGAUACCUGAUGAUUUACUGGCCUUCUCUCCUACCCUCAAGAAUUUCUUUGAAAAUCCCACAACCGUGCAGUUUGACCACAGAAUUUUGGCAAUCUCCUCUUUGACAGCAAUUACUGGCCUUUAUUUGUUCUCAAGAAGGAUGGCUCUGCCAAGAAGGGCUAAAAUCGCUAUCGGCGCUCUUACAGCAAUGGCCUAUGGACAGGUUGCUCUUGGUAUCAGCACCCUGUUAUUGUAUGUUCCCACUCCACUUGCAGCAACUCACCAGUCCGGCUCAGUGGCUCUCCUCUCUCUGGCCAUCUGGGUGCUCGCAGAGCUCCGCAAGGUGCCCAAAUAAAUGUCUACUUAGCUAUGGAAAACUCCAGUCCAUACUAGCCACACCUCAAGCCUCUAAGAAUCAGAAGUGCUCAUUAGGGAAAAAAGAGAAAGAUUUCAGAGCUGACAGUGAAAAAUAUUCCUCAUUUAAGACUGGACUUUAUGCAUUUGUUAAGGCUUCUUUCCUGUGGUGAAAGAGCCCAGUCCACGUGUGGGAAAUUGUAUUAAAGUGGGGCUAUUUUGAUGAUUGUUGUUUAUAAAAUUUAUCAAGCCUGUAAGUAAGGAACUAAAAGAAUUGUGAGUGGAUGCAUUAGAUGCUGAGAAGACAGUGUGAGGUGAUUAUUUUGAAGCAGUUCAAACACAGUCAUGCAAAAGCAAUAACAGGAAAAAAUGUCUAGUUACUGUCAUUUAAUGACACCAGAAGAUUUUAAAGUAAGGCUACAUAUUUGUUCUGGAGCUAGCUAUAGUUCUGCAUCAUAAGGAAUACAACAUUGUUUGUCUUCAUGUGCAGGGCAUUAAUGUGACUGAAAUUCUGAAAUCUGGUUUCUCAGAGGCUCUUGACUUGAAGUUCAAUCUGAUGUGGCUGUUUGGAAUAAGUGUAUGAUUAUGUAUAUUUAAAUUAUGAAGAGUUUCUUGCAGACACAGGAUAAAUUAUAAGCAUUCAGAUGUUGCUUUGUAUUGUAUGGUCGGAAAUGUAAAUCUGACUUUCCAUGUUUUAAUAAAGAAAAUGCUGUACAGUG